GUUAGGGUUCCAGGGGUUCUGGAACGCGGGCGCUGUCCGCACGAGAGCAGGUCCUGAAACCGCGGCGUGCGCCACCGUGGACGCUCGGGCGCAUGCAGCUUCUCCCAUCAGUGUAGUUAAAGAAUCCUGCAAGCUACUUAUUUACACCUGCAGACAUUUGUGGCGUUUUCUGGUGUGAGCGCAGAGAAAACAACUAUACCGUUUGAAUUUUGGACAUUUUCUUUUCCAAAUUUGGAGAAAUGCGUCUCCAAAGUCACACAUAAGCUCCGUUUGCUCAGCGAGUCCUGCAAACACAGAGAGGUGGGAAGAGACAGUAGAGUGACCAAGAGCUGCCUUUUUCGUUUAUUCUAACACAGGAUAACAACUCUCAGUCAGCAUCUGCAGCUUUUUACGCACACCAGAGGUUUUUUUAUUUUCCUGCUGCAAACAUUUUCUGUAUUUUUCUUUCUUUUUUGUUUUUUUUUUGUUUUUGGCACCACGGUGGAUAUGAGACUUCAAGAUGUGAGCACUCAUCCGCUCUCACUUUACUCGCUUUAUUGAUGGGAGAUUACCAAGUGUUAAUGUGAGACUGCAUGCCGAGGACGAUUUCUGUGCAGCAAAUACACCUGGAAAGAAAAUUAUAACCCUGGAUCUGUAAAGAAUAUAUUUUUUAUUUUUUGAAUUUUUUUUUUCUGAAUUUUAAAUAUUUUUAACAGACUGAAAGGAGAAAGUUCAGACCCCCCUCCAUCGGCUAUUAAGUCUCAGUUCAGGGGUCACGGCCAGCGGACCGAGGAGGAGAGAGAGAAAAGAAGGCGAGGCUAUACUUUGUUUUGCUCUCCAUAUUUUUUAUUUAUUUAUUUUUUUGCAAAAAGUUUGAAUCUGUUUUCAUGGACUGAGGCGAGCAGCUGAGGGAAUGAGAUCUGCUGCUGUCGUCUUCUCCCUCCUCUGGUUUUGGAGACGCCAGAACAGACCCUAUUUUCUAUAUUUUUAACAUUUUUUUUAUUAGUUUGAGUGAAGAACAACCGGUGUCAACCAAUUAAAAAUCUUUUUUUUUUUUUUUUUUUUAAUUGAAUAAGGAAGAAAAAAAAAAUCCUCUUUUGAAGGGAACUGGUUCCAUUUAUUGGAGGUCACGGUGUGUCAGUAAAGUGGCUGAACUGAAGCGCUGCGUCCGGUGUCAUUUUUAAGACCCUGCAGCCCUCCAGCUUCAUGAUGGAGAUUCAUUGUAAGCACGACCCGUUUGCAGCAAUGCACCGACAUGGCGGAGUGAACCAGCUCGGAGGUGUGUUUGUGAACGGCAGACCCCUCCCAGACGUAGUUCGACAGCGAAUAGUGGAACUCGCCCACCAAGGGGUUCGGCCCUGCGACAUCUCACGCCAACUACGAGUCAGCCACGGAUGUGUCAGCAAGAUACUGGGCAGGUACUAUGAAACGGGCAGUAUCCGCCCCGGGGUGAUCGGGGGAUCCAAACCAAAGGUUGCUACUCCCAAAGUGGUCGACAAGAUCGCCGAUUACAAACGCCAAAACCCCACCAUGUUUGCCUGGGAGAUCCGGGACAGGCUCCUGGCUGAGAGAGUGUGUGACAACGACAGCGUCCCCAGCGUCAGCUCCAUCAACAGGAUCAUUCGGACAAAGGUUCAGCAGCCGCCCGGCCAAACAGGCUCAGUGUCGGCUCACAACUUAGCGACGUCCGUGGCGGCCACACAAGUGUCAGCAGUGACCAACGACUCAGCCGGCUCCUCGUACUCCAUCAGUGGCAUUCUGGGUAUCAGCUCAGCUGCCGACGUGGGCAAGAGGAAGAGGGACGAAGGUUUGCAGGAGUCACCGCUGGCCAACGGGCACGGCCACAGUGGGCGGGACUUCCUCAGGAAGCAGAUGAGAGGGGAGCUGUUCUCGCCGCAGCAGAUCGAGGUAUUGGACCGCCUGUUUGACAGACCCUGUCCAAUCCAAUCCAGCUCUGACCUCUAUGUGAGCCCUGACUCUGGCAAGACGUCAGAUUAUUCGGCCAUGGCCUCACUAGCUGGUGGACUGGACGAGAUGAAGAACAGUUUGGGCAAUCCCGGAUCAGGGGCGGAGUUAGGAGCCAGUGUGUCAGGUCCACAGUCCUAUUCACUCGUUCCAGGUCGAGACCUCGCCAGCACCACUCUGCCAGGCUACCCUCCUCAUGUUCCUCCCACCGGACAGGGCAGCUACUCCACCCCCUCCCUCACUGGCAUGGUACCUGGGGGAGAUUUUUCCGGAAGUCCAUAUUCCCAUCCCCAGUAUUCCACAUACAACGAAUCGUGGAGAUUUCCGAACCCAAGUUUAUUAGUGUUUCAGCAGGAUUAUGGGUCUCUCCUGGGGACGGAAAUCGGCUGCUCCUCCAGUCUCUUCACCAGCCAGGCAGGACAGAUGCAAGGGUCACCGUACUACUACAGUACAACAUCACGGGGGGCGGGCCCUGCUGCCACUGCAACAGCCUCCGCCUACGACCGCCACUGACCCCUCCUACUAAGAGACGAGGAGGAUGAUGAGAAGGAGAUGAGGGAGGAACAAGGGGACGGAUAGCACCAGCACUGCACAGUAAAAACCUGCCUACGCACGGACGACAAUGAGGACGAAGAUUUCAAAUAUUUAACGUCAGUGAAGUUUGAAUUUUCUUUGAUUGACACUUAAGCCAACAAACGCACUGCUCGGCUGCGACACUGACAAACUGCGUAUUACAUUACUGUGAGGACACAGGCAUGGCGUGCCAAUAACUGAUAGAUAUAGGAAAGGUCAGGGGCGAGUGAAUUUGGACCCUCCCAUAAUAAAUCAAGGCUUGGUAUCCCUA